AUUAACAAUAAACGACCCUUAUUGCCGGAAUCCAACCAAAGCUCCUCCGCUUCAAAUAUCUCCGUUUCUGAUGACAAUCUCGAAACCCCACCUCCUUCCAAAGCUCAGAUUGUGGGGUGGCCGCCGGUUCAAUCGUUUAGAAGAAACAGCCUUCAAGGGAAGAAGACGGCGGCGGCGGCGGCGGGAGAGAGCACUGGCAAUUACGUGAAAGUGAGCAUGGAUGGAGCUCCUUACUUGAGAAAAAUUGAUCUUAGUUUAUACAAAGGGUACCCCGAACUUCUUCAAACUCUAGAAGACAUGUUCAAGUUCACCGUAGGUGAAUACUCGGAGAGAGAAGGGUACAAAGGAUCGGAAUACGUUCCAACUUACGAGGAUAAAGAU